AGUCCUUAUUAGAAAAUCUUAAACAAGACACAUUAACUUAUGGUGAAAUGCAAAACUUGAAAUGGUCUGCUGUUGGUGAUCCUGCUCAAUCGAACCGUACAUUUUACGAGUUACUUCGAUGCUAUUCCGACCCUUCUGUCAAAGAAAAUGAAUUAUCGCAGUGCAUCAAGGAACUUCAUUAUUUUGCGAGAACUAAUGACGAAAUUUUCAACAUGAUAGUCAACUUAACGCUAGAACGAUCCCACUUAAAUUUCUCCUCAUGGUCAGCGUUGGUUGGCUCUAUUGUCUCUCGAGGAGAUUAUGAAACUCAAAAGACUUUAAGCCGAAUAAUAUUAACUGAGGAACCUCGACCACUCUCGAUUGAAGAACAUGCAAAGAUACUCGAAGCAGUAUACUUCAUCCCUUCCGGACCAUUGUACCCAGAAUUAUUCCAAGCUCUAUUAUCUCUUCAUAAGAAUUCCAGUAAAAGCGACGAGAUAACUGUUCGCGCUAUGUUAGUGACCGCAGGUUUAGUACGCCGGUCUCAUGACGCUGGUUACAAUAGAACAUUGUCAGAAUUCAUAGCCCAACAUUUACACCACAGUUUUAAGACACAUCCAGCACGAUUCCAUGGCAGGGAAAGUCAGUCCUAUGAAACUUACUUAUGGAAUCAUUUAUGUGCUUUUGGAAAUUUAGGACAUAUUUCCUCGUUAAGUCUAAUAACAAGAUAUUUGGAUCAUGACAGCUCAGGUAUUCGAUACUUUGCAGUUUCAGCUUUGCGGAAACUUCCACAACAGCACACAGAUCACCACCUAUUACGAAUUCUUCGGACUGACGAACAGGUAACAGUAAAAGCAGGUGUGAUAGAGGUUUUCCUAGAACGACGACAGAACCUGAGUGAGGAACUACGCGAUGCCAUCGAAGAUGUUUUGUGGCGAUCUGAGGAAGGCGACGAACUAGAUUCUAAGAUUACUGAAUUCCUGGAAAACCAUAAUGAAAAGUCUCAUCACGUGAUAAAGAACUUACGAAAGCGAAGGUCCAUUAUUCGGCGGAAGAAAAGAGCACUUAUCCCAGCAUUGAAGCCCAGAGAAUUUUCCUUAGGGGUAAAAAAGGAAUGGAGAAAAGCAUUCGGCGGUAGUAAAGCUGGAGCAGAGGCUGUCAUGCGAUUUGCCAACCAUGUGAAACUAAGAAUCGGAAUUUUUGGUGGGAGCUUCGAAGUAAACUUGGAUAAUUUGGCGUUGUUUCGGGCUCACGCUUUAAUGUGGAGUUUCGACAUUGUCCAUGGAAAGGCAGCAUUCAAGAUGGGAGCAGGAUUCAAGAAUGACAUUCCUAAAGAUAUUAUCCAUACAGUCGCCGAUACCGCCGAUAGUUUUCUAGCUAAGGUUGAUGCAAUUUCGAGCAUUUUCACCGAACAUCUUCAAAAAUUUCUCGACAAAUUGAAGAUUUAUAUUCCAUUCAUCCCUGAUGCUUUUCUGAAAUUUAUCUCACAAACUGUCGAGUUCCUAAAUCGAACAAUUCAUGCCUCGCGCUUUGGAAAAUUCUUUAACCGAAUUGUGGGAAACUGUAGAAACGUGUGGCACAUCCAUGCACUUUGGUCAAAGAUUGAAAAUUUAGUAAAGAAACUUUCCCUUAGCAUUGAUAAAAUAAAUCUGUCGACUGGAUCUCUAGCAGACGGAUUUGGUUUCCUCAAAAAACUGGUGGAUCUUUUCGCGAAACUUGGCUUAAGGCUUCCGCGUGGUUUACCGAUAGAUUUCAAUAUAAAAAAAUUCCUGGCACAUAUCAAUGGCGCAUUUCCUUCAAUUAGUUAUGGUGUCCAAGAUUAUUUUAAGGGGUUGGGAAUUAGCUAUCCCAAAACAUUCUUUAAAAUGUUUCACUUCAAUGCAACUCUCAAUUUUAUCCCGUCUUUGAACAAAUUUAGGAUUGCAACGUUGCGUUUGAAAAUGUUUGGAAAUAAUUUCUUGGAAAUGCUUUCUGUAUUCCGCGAUAUGUUAAACUUCGACCUACCCGGACUUUUCAUCAAGAUAUUUAAUCACGACUUUGUCAAAACUCAAGAUUUUGACUUUGGGUUGCCCUAUGAUUGGAGAAAAAAAUUUAAUUUCAAAAUAACAUUUUCGGAUCCCGAUUUCGAAAAAUUUAAAAACUUAUUUCGCUUCUUAUUCGAGAUUUUUUUAAAUCUUGAUAGUUCAAAUUUCGAAUUCCGACAAUUCUUUCGAGAAAUACUACCUAAAAUGAGAAUCAAAAUCGAAGCAAAGAAGCUGUUUGUGGGUGCAGACAAUACAAACAUAGCGAAAUGGUUUCAACUUCUUAUUACAGAUUUUUACAAUCUCAUAAAUCAGUUUGAUUGGAAGAUGUCGGAGGUUAGCAAUAGUGCAAAUUUUUUGGAUAGCCUAUCAAAAAUCUCUAACGACUUCUUGGACUAUGCACUUCCGAAUAUUUGCAAAUUACAAGAUUUUAUGGUGAAAUCAGCGGGGACAUUUAAGGAGUUUGGAGAAAACAUUGAAAAUGAUGCCAUUGUUGAAAUCAGAAAAAUUACGAAUGAAGCCCAGAAGACGAUAACAGAAGUUAAAAAUAUCUCGGUCUUUGUUGACGAGUUCAUCGAUGAACUAAAGAUUAACGUAUCAAGUACAGCAAAGACCUUCGUUCAGCAAUAUUUGACCACAUUAGAAGGAUCUUUGGAAAGUGUUGAAGAACUUGCAGAUAUUACCGCGGAAUUCACAGCAAAAACAAGCGCUAAAUUAAAGGGAUUUUGUUACAAAACUGCUGACAUAUCUGGUGAAAUUUUGGACAAAAUUCAGUCAGAAGCACAAAACGCUGUCAAAGAAAUCAGUGAUUUCAUUACGUCAAAUUCAGAAGGAAUAACUGACCUCAUUGAUAAAUUUAAAUCAAUUGUAACAAAUGUAGAAGAAUGGCACAAGCAAAAUUUAGAAAAGCGUUUAGGGAAAGUUGCAAUCAUUAGUCAAACAAUUGACGAGCUGUUAUCUCUUGUCAAAAAUGACAACAAACUUUUCUCCGACAUUUCUAAGGUUUUCAAGAAUAUAAACAAUGUCAUACAACACCUUAACGAUUUACCAACAUAUGCUCAGAAAGCGCAUGAUUUUGCAGAUAAGAUUAACGAUUUCGCGACCAAUGGCAAACUAUGGGAAACAGAAAUUAAGAAACUGGACGUUCGAAAGCAUUUCAAAUUGGAUUUUGAUAAACACUUACAAGAACUUUGCAAAGAGUUUCAAUCCUUUGAAAAAGAUAUCACAAAGCAUAUUCAAGGUGACAAUUUAUUCAAGACAUUCCGAAAAUUUGUCACAACGGAAACUGACAAUCUCAUCAUGAAUUCUGUUGAGAAAUUAAACAUCGUAAAAAUACCGUUGGAAAAAGCAAGCAAGGAUCUAGAGAAAAUGUCGAACUCAAUUGCAGAAAUUGAAGCAGAAUUCUCAUUUAAAGAAGAAGUUAAUAAGAUUAAGGAUUUGUCUCAAAGGAUCACAGGAAAAUAUUUUGGCAAUGACUACAAAACAGAAAAGAAGAAACGGUCUGCCUUGAAGCCUGCAAGAAUUGAAAAGAGUAUUGCCGAACACAUUAGAAAAGUCGAAGAAACGCGAAAAAUGAUAGAAAAACUGAUUACAGAAGUCAUUAGUGUUUUUCAAAAGGUAUCUCGUGACAAUAUUGAACCAUUUCAAAAAAAGCUAACAGAUGUCCAACAAAAGUUUAGUAUUUUGUUUCAAAUAAAAGAUAAGUCUAUAUCCAUCAGUUCCAUUCUGAAGCCACUCAAAUCAGUUCUUGGAACAAUGAUUGGUUUCACUGAAACGUGCAAUAAAGUCGUCGAACCUUUUGAAAAAGGAAUCUUAGAUGUACUUCGGAAAACAUCCGAUUUUGCUGAAAUAUUUGACAACAAACUGAAAUAUUAUGGUAAUAAAGUGAGAGACGUUUCUGAAUUUAUAAACAAUCUGGUUGGCAAGAUUGUAUCGUUUCUUGAUACAAUACAGCUUCGGCAAAAGGGUUUGGACAUCCGGGAUUAUAAAAAAUGGAAUCAAUACAAACACUGUUCUGCUGAGGUUUGCUUGAGACUAUUAAGAAGAUCCACGUGGCUCUAUCUUAACACCAUUUUCUUGUGGAAGUAUCCACACUUGGACGAUUUGUCGUCGACGACGUUGUCAAAUACGGGCAAGUGGCUGAUACCUGGUCUUUUUGAUGAUUACAAGAUACGCAGUAUAGCUCAGCUGUCCAACAACGAAAUGAUAUUAGGAAUGCGUGGUGUUUCGUCGAAUGCACAGAAAGCGUCCUUGUUAGUGGUAGUUGAUAUCAGGUCGUCAAGCACUGCUAUUCUUAAAAUUGUUCAAUUAGAACAUGACGGCUCGCCUUUUCUAGGCGACAUGGGCGGUUUAGUAGUUGUCAAUAACCUCAUUUGGAUGAGUAGUGGAUACCGUCUUCACGGUAUAUCCUUAUCCAAACUGCGUAAUAGCAUGUCCACUAAACGUCCAGUCACUAUCAGCAUCAGUAAAACAAAAUCCUUCAACUACCAAAUAACAUCAAUUUCAUACGAUGAUCGAGACAGCAAAAUUUGGGUAUUGUAUAGUAACAGUUUAAAAGUACAAAGCUAUGCUAUGAGUCCAUUUGGAGAUAUACUGCAAGAGAAAGAUACUCUGAUUACUGAGCAACACACACGCGGUUUUACCAUUGUACGACAGUAUGGUAUCAAAUACGCAUGCGUUGCUAAGUGUUCUUUAGCUGCAGGUUACCAGUGCAGAUUGGAAUUCCACAAGAUUGAUGGUGGAGCUCUCGACGAGUCAACUAUUUUACGAGCUGUGCGAACACCAACAGGCCUAGAGGCUAUCCAAACAGUGGACUCAGAAAAUGUCGUCGCAGCGUUUUCAAGUGGAACAUUCUCGGAAAGAGACAAAAUUAAAAGAAUUGCGGGAGAUUUUGAAGAUCGUUUUUUUAAAUUCAAAGUACCAGUUCUUAAAACUGAGUUCACAAUCACUGAAAAUUGCCUUUUCUUUAAAGUAGCUUUGGAUUACUUAAUCCCUCGUCAGCGCCUAUUCCCUUUCGGAGAAAUGAAAUGUGGUACCCGAAGAAAGAGAAGUGCUAUAGAAAAGGUUUUGGAUAAGGAUGUGUACACAGAAGAACUAGAAAAACAUCGCAGAGUUCGACGACAAGCAGCUGAUGAAGUGACCUGUUUAUGGAGUGUAGAAGGAAAGCCUCUAACUGGUAUAUACAGAUAUAAAAUUAGUUUCACUAUAUCAGUAUUUGGCAUACCAGUAAAAUUUUUCUUUGGAGCAGAUCUGUACUACUUCGGGAACUAUAAAAUAUCGCUUUGCUUACGUGAUAGAGAAGUACGUCUUGCUCUCAUACCUGGAGUGUGGCUAACUGUUUACGCGGGAGCUAGUCUGCCAUUAUUAAUCAUUGAAGCAGGUAUAACAUUUGAGGCAAGACUUCUGGAGACAUAUCUUAUCCCUGAACUAACAGUGCGUGUAGACAAAUGGCCAUUGAACGCUUGUAUACAGUUGAAAUUGCAAAUGACUCCCUUGAGUAUACGUGUAUAUCUUUGGUUUCGCUACAGACUUUGCAUUAAAAUAAGUUACAAGCCUUGGUUUUCAUUAAGUAUCUCAAUUAAUUGGUGUUCCAAGAUAACGUUUGCAGAAUGGACUUGGUCGACGCGAGCGAUUCAUCACACGUUAUUUAACAAUUGUAAUCAAAACAGAGACACUUCGCGUCCUGGUGUAGGACAAUGUACUGCAAAGCAGGUUGGGGAUCGGAAGUACUUCAUUCAAUGGCAGGGUUUUACCGAAGACACAAAAAUCAAUAUAUAUAUUGUUAUGAUCGGGUCAAUCGCUGGUUCUGGAGACGAUCACUAUUCAAUUCACGGAGAACGACAGAGUCUUCUAGUCCCUGAUCUCAAUAUUAUGCAUGGUAGGUCUGUUUAUGUUGGUGUGUAUGCAAUGAAUGCUGAUUUGCUUAAAAGUGAUGUCGCUCAUUGCCCUGUAUUUACUGCCAAACGAAGAUCACCCGUUAUAACUUUCAUCAACGAUGGAGAUUCUUUGGAUGACAUAGACUAUCAAAUGGAUACUACCAGCCUUGCGAUGAAAUAUGGUUUCAAAGGAACCUUUGAAGAAUUAUCGAGUGUUAGAUGGGGAAUCUCGUCAUCCUCGAAUUGCUCAUUUUCUGAAAGUGAAGUCGAUGUGUUACCGUUGAAAACUAUUGGUGAUACUUACACAAUUAAAAAAACAGGCUUGAAUCUGACAAGUGGUUGGAAAUACUAUGUUAGAGUAGUGGUCGUCAACCAGUUGGGAUUGGCCAGCGUGGCUUGCAGUGAUGGCAUAACAAUAGACACUACUCCACCAAUACCACGUAACUUCACAGUUGGUAAGAAAGGGACGAAAUUUAUUCCUUCCGUACGACGGGUUUCUGGAAAAUUUCAACACUUUAUAGAUAACGAAAGUCCUAUUGUUAAAUACGAGUGGAAACUAAUUGACGAGAGUACAGGCAAUGAUGCAACACCAUCCACAAGAAUAGCAUUGACACAAACGUCCCCAUUACUUUAUGGUUUGAGUUUAACACCAGGAAAAAAAUAUACCGCUGUACUCAAGGGAACAAAUGCUGUUGGUCUUCACGCAGUUGUUAACGUGUCUGGCAUCACACCUGAUGACACGAUACCGGUGUGCGAAGGCUUGCCAAGUGACGUCAUUAGUUUCAAUGAUGUCAUUGAUCGUGAUUUCGUUUCCAGUCUAACUAAUCUUACAGCAAUGUUCUCUUGCUAUGAUGACGAAAGCGGUAUCAAGUUAAUGCAAGCUGGGGCAGGAACCUACCCAGGUGGAGAAGACGUCCACCCAUUUGUUGACAUAACCAACUUACCAAUGAGAGUAUCAGACGAUCUUAAAAUCACGUGGGUUUCAUUCAAUAAUAUCAGUAUAACAAAACUAAGCAGGUAUCACGUCACAGUUAUAGUUCAAAAUAUGGCAGGAUACAGAAAAACGGUUUCUUCUGAUGGUAUACUCGUGGAUACAACGGAACCCACCGUUCUACCGUCGUACAUCCGAGAUGGCCUUCAAGGUAUAGAUAAAAAGUAUAGCAAGAGACUUGACGUAUUUACAGCACAUUGGGAAAAUGCUUUCACCGACACAGAAACUGGAAUUGGAGAGUAUUUUGUUGGAUUAGGAUCGAGUCCUGGACAAGAUGACAAAUCGACGUUUAAGAGUAACAAUUUAAGCACACAAGCUUCACUAAGCAGCGAUCACUUGGAAAGUGGAAAGACAUAUUAUGUUACAGUAAUCGCAUGCAACAGAGUCGGUAUGUGUGUGAAUGGUAGUAGCAAUGGAGCAAUGGUUGAUUUUAAACCACCACAUACGGGUGUAGUUACAGCAGGUCAGGAAGGACCACCACUGCAAAUAACAUGGAUUAACAAAGCAGCUUGGGCACGAUGGCAGUGGUGCCCUGCAGAUAAGAGUGAACUUCGUGCUUCCUCAAAUACUUGCGAACCAUCCAGUUUUUAUGAUGAACAUUCUGGGAUAAGACGCUUCGGAUUGACCGUGCUUUCUUAUGAUACAGCAAAAACGAUAACACCAGUUAAGAUCGUGGGUCGUGUAGUAACUAGUGGACUUCAUGUAGUAAUGCCAAACGGUGUGUUCUCUGUACUUGUCCAGGCCGAAGAUCGUGCUGGCGGUAGUUCUAAUGGGAUUUCAAAUCCUUUUAUCAUUGACACUACCCCUCCCAAGAUUGCAAAACUUUAUCAUGGCAUGGAAAAUGGACAAAUUUCGUAUACACAGAUUGAAGAUUAUGUAUUCACUGCAUUCUUUGAAAUAACCGAAGAUAUUUCUGAGAUUAUUUCCUACAGCGUUGGUGUUUCUACGUUCCCCGAGGGAGAUGACAUUAUACCCUUCGUGGAGUAUAAGCUCAGCGUCACGGCCAACAUCAUUCAUGUUAAUUGGACAUCUGUGAAUUCUAAUAUUUUAAUAAACGGUCGGAAGUAUUACAUAACAGUGAAGUGUACAAACGCUGCAAAAUUAUUUCUAAUCGCUUCAUCACCACCUCUAAUUUUUGACAACGAGCCUCCAUUGGUAUCCCACGUGUUCGAUGGGUGGGAAUCACAAGAUUCCCAAUAUCAUCCAUUCUCAAGUAUUUACCGAAUGCAUUGGCAGCGAGUCGCUGAUAUUACUGGAAUCCAGGAAAUUUCCGUGUGCUUAAGCUCCACAAAGAAUGAAAAGAAAUGUAACCUACAUCCGAAGAUACAAAUCUCCACUAAAGCAAUAUCUCACACAUUCACAAAUAUAUCCCUUCAAUCAGGUUCAUAUUGCUACGCUUACCUCGAAAUAAAGGACAACGCUGGUAACCAAGGGAAAUUCUGGAGCAACGGAGCAUUAGUUGACACUACUCCACCUAAUAAAGGACGUGUAAUUGAUGGACAGGGAGGAAGUGACCAAGUCUACCAGCGAGAAACUAACAUCCUUUAUGCAAGUUGGUCAGGAUUUUCCGAAAACGAGACCAGAAUUCAUCACUACGAGUUAGCCUUUGGCACCAGCCCAAAUGAUUCCAACGUUCAACCGUUUACAAAUGUUGGUUUAGUCACUUCAGCAUCCAGCUCAAACCUUCUAGUCUCCGAACUAAAGAGUGGUGUUGUCUACUAUGCACAAAUUAUCGCCUACAAUACAUUGGGAAUUCGCAGCGAAAUCGCAAUUUCCAAUGGGGUUUUGGUCGAUACAACACCACCAGUAUUUCCAUCAGCAGUUUCCGACGGAAAAGCCUUCCAAUUUGACAUUGAUUAUUCGAGUAAUUCAACAUCGUUGUCAAUAAACUGGAAAUGUUACGACAAAGAAAGUGGUUUAAGAAAAGUUCUUGUAGGGCUUGGAACCCAACCUGGUAUUCAAGAUCUUGUUGUUGACCGCUCUGUGUUGCCGUACCAAAGCAUAUACAAUUUUGAAGGAUUAAAUCUGACUCAAGGACUCAGGUAUUUUUCAACAGUGAAGUGCAUAAACAAUGUAGGAUUACAAAGUUCAGCGGCAAGUGAUGGCAUAACUAUCGAUUCUACACCACCAUUGUUAAAGUACGUGUACAUUGGUCGAAGCCGUUACCAUGGUACCACGCAUAUUGGACAAGGUUCUGCAAUAAUAGCCAACUGGAAAUUUAAUGACUUUGAAAGUACUGUGACUAGAUACAUAGUUUCAAUCAACCAUCUGGUGAACAGCACGAGAAUUCUUGGUCCAUGGCUUUUUAACGGAAAUAAAACUUCUGAAAAUGUCCACAUCACAAAGAAUGACUUAGAACACAACGAGCGUUACGUUAUUUCGGUCAUAGCCUUUAACGGCGCGGGUCAUUUUACAACUGGCAUCAGCAACGGUUUUAUUGUCGAUGGAACACCGCCUACUUGCACAAAUAUAUACGAUGUUACCCUCGAUGGGGCAAGAACCAGUUUUAGUGGCCUGACCUCAAAGCUAGCAAUAUAUUACAACUGUAAUGAUUCCGAAACAGGUAUUAUUAAGUACCAGUUUGCUAUAAAAGACCUUAACACAUCCAUGUACAUUUUCCCUUUUCAAAGCAUGAAAAAAAAAUCAGCACCCCUUGCUGUCGUUGACGGUUUUGGAAAACAAAUUGUUAAACUUCAACAUGGGGACAAGUACCAAGUUGGUCUUCGGAUCACCAAUAACGUAAACCUUACCAGCGAAUACUGGACUGCGGGUGUAACAGUUGACACAACUGGUCCUAUAUUCCGUAGAGUUACACCAUCGUACAGCGUUUACAACGAUGCAAUUCAAGUACUCUGGCAGUUACUCGAUAAUGAAAGCGGUAUUAGAAUUUUGUAUUGGUCAUUGCAUACAUCGCCGGAUCCUAAAUAUCUUGAGAAUUUCACUGAAAUAUCUUCAAAUGCCACACAACUCCUGAUUUCUGACAGUUCUCUGAAGCUUGGUGUGACAUACUAUGUUCAUUUUAAAGCUAUCAACACUGCUGGUUUAUCAACUUUGUUUGUAUCAAAUGGUGUCAUCGUUGAUCGAACUCCACCAACAGCUGGCCGUGUGUCAGCCGACUUCGCAGUGCCCAAGAACUACGAUGGCAAUCCAAAUAUGACUGACGGUGCAACAUUUACAGUCAGAUGGACAGGAUUCAUUGAUCCAGAAAGUGGCAUCAAGUCAUACGCGUGGGCGAUUGGGCUGGUUAAAGAAGAAAUAAUUGCACUUGGUAAUGCAUUCUUCAUCGACAUCCAGUUUACGGGCUCUGUAAACGGCUAUAUCAUUAAAGACCAGACCAUACAUACUGAUAAAAUAUACCACGUAUGUAUAAGAGUUCUUAAUGGAGCUGGACUGACCACAACGAAUUGUUCAGAUGAAAUACGAGUAAAGCUCGGUAAGUUAACAGCAGGCGUUGUAUAUGACGGACCUUUGACUGAAGAUAUUGAUUUUCAACUUGACGAUAAAGCAUUGUGGCUUCAUUGGGCUGGAUUUGAAGACCCAGUUUAUGGUCUGAAAAGGUAUGCCUGGUGUUAUGGAAAAUUUGCAAAAACGGAAAACGACACGUUCAAUUGUUUGGAUUCGAUAUCACCUGUUGAUCCACCACUUCAAAUUUCCGCGCACAAAUUUUAUAAUAUUUCUUUACAACAUGGACAACGUUAUCUCGUCAAAGUUGAAGCGGCAAACCAAAGAGACGAAAUCGUAUCCUCUACCUCAGAUGGUUUUAGAGUUGAUCGUACAGCACCGAAUCCGGGAAUAUUGAAAAUAGGUGGUUCGCAAGGUGGCAGAACUAUAUAUAUAACUGGAAUUUCUGCACCAAUUGUUUCAUGGUCUAUGUACGAAAGUGAAAGUGCGCUGCAAGAAUUUCAUUUCGGUAUUGGCACCUUUCCAAAUAAUGAUGACAUUUUCCCCUUCGCCAAACUUGAUGAUAGUACACAUUCUUUGAAUCUUGAUGAGAUAAACUUUAACCUCACUCACGGGCUUGCUUUCUAUAUCACUGUACUCGGAAUAAAUGUUUUGGGACUGAAGUCGACAAUAAUUUCGCCUCAAAUAAUCGUUGACUGGCUGCCACCAACGCCCAACAUUAUCCGAGACGGGAAUAAAACUAGUGACAUCGAUUUCCAGUUUGACAUAGAACACAUAUCAGCUAGCUGGGAAAAAUUUCUUGACGCAGAGAGUGACAUUGUGGAAUAUUUGUACUGUGUCGAAACUAGACCAGAUGCUUGUAAUGUCCAAAAUCAAACUUCGGUAGGCUUAGAACGUCGAGCAGAGGUAGGAGCAAAGCUUGAACAUGGUCAAACGUAUUUUGUAACCGUGGCUGCUGUCAACAGUGCUGGGUUAUCAACAACUUCUUCGUCCAACGGAGUAACAAUAGAUACCUCUCCUCCUAUCAUACAAGGUUUCUCCAUACUGUCUGUUGCUAACUUAGAUCAAAACACAACAAAAGAAAACAUCACUGCUGUUUCAACAAGCCAGUGCAAGAUACAAGCCAGCUGGGACAGCAUUACUGACAGCGUGAGUGAGAUCAAACGCGCGUCAGUUUGUGCAACCACGAUAGAGGAAGACUGCAAUUUGUUAACGUGGCAGGAUCUUAACCCUUAUUCUUUAGCUGUCAGUAUACAUUUUCAGAAGCCAUUGCAAUCUGGAACUAUCCUUAUACUAAAACUUAAGGGUGAGAACGGCGCAGGUUUAAAAACAGUCGUAAAUUCGCAUAGAAUUCUCAUAGACACCACUCCUCCCCGAAAAGGUUUUGUCAAAAUUGGUGGUAAAGAAGAUCUAGUUUGGUUAAAGGAAGGCCAACCACUCAUUGCUUCUUGGCAAGGCUUUACAGAUACUGAAAGCGGAAUUAAGGAAUACAAAUGGAAAAUCUGCUUAGCAAGUCAAAUUUCCAAUUGUGUAACUACAUUUGUAAAUGUUGGUUUGAAACGUAACGUUGUUUUAAGCGAUAUAGGCCUCGCCCACAGUGCAGAAUAUAGGUUUGUGGUCAAGGCUGUAAAUUUUGCGGGAAUUGAUACUAAUUCUGUUUCGAAUUCGUUUAUUCUUGAUAAAACGUCGCCAGAAGUAGGUAUGGUAUUUCAUGGACAUAAAUCCUUUGAAGACAAAUAUUACCAAAGUUCAUCCAAAGAAGUUUCUACCAGUUGGACAAGUUUUUCAGACAAAGAAAGUGGAAUCUCCAGCUAUGAGGUUUGCAUCGGUUCAAUCCCUGGCCUUUGUGAUGUAUCCGAGUUUAGAAACGUUGGUUUAGCUACCAGUGCUAUCACAGGCAACUUGCAUCUUCAUCACAAUGCCACAUACUACACAACCGUACGUGCAACAAAUGGAGCUGGACAGACCAGUUUUGCGUCGUCAAGUGAGAUAAUUAUAGACCUCACAUCACCAAUUGGUAAUAUGCUUCGGGACGGCGAGGAUUCAGAUGAAGACAUCUCCCACCAUGACUCGUUCAUCAGCAUCAACUGGGAUGAAGCGCACGAUUCAGAAUCUGGCAUUUCAAAAUAUGUCGUUUGCGCAGGAACUGUGAUUGGAGCGUGUGAUUUAGUUUCCCCAACCACAGUGAGCAACAGCUUUGCAGCCAAAUUGAAUGUCGACCCAGCAAUUAGUUCUGGAACUGUAGUGUAUUCAACACUUUGGGCAUAUAACAACGCUGGUACAUCAACAGAAAUAUAUUCUGAUGGAGUCUUGGUUGAUAGUACACCACCUGAAACAGGCAAGGUUGAGAUAACAUCAUUGAGCACGCCACAAGGAAAAGCAAGAUAUCUCACAAGCAAGGAAUCUCUGUGUGCAACCUGGAAUACCUUCAACGACACUGAAACUGCUAUUGUUUCUUACCAUUUCUCCUUGUGUUCGAAAAUGAAUGAGAAAAGUUGUCCUAUUUCGCGACGGAAUCUAAACAACAAAACUUCCAUAUGUAUAGAAGAACCAGCAGUUACAGAGGGGGUAGAAUAUUUUGUUGAGAUUACAGCAACCAACGAAGUCGGACUUAGUUCUACUUCAAAGUCCAUACAUUUCGUUGUCGAUACAAGCGAGCCAGAUGUUGGUCAGGUUUUUGCGUCCAAUCCAUUAGGGGGGAAAUACGAUUUUAUCUCAUCGGUUGUAUUCGCAAGUUGGAAUGGGUUUUUGGAUAAAGAGAGUGGAAUAUCAGAAUAUCUCAUUUGUAUUGGAAAAGAGCCCGGCGUGUGUAACUUAGCAGAUUCAGUUUCUGUCGGCAAAACAUCACAGUAUUUUUGGUACAAUUUAAGUUUGGUAUCUACAGAAGAAUAUUUUGUUUCUAUAAGGAGUGUAAACAACGCUGGGCUUUUCACAGAUUAUAUCGCCUCAGAUCCAUUCACGGUGGACACAACAGCUCCGUUACCAGGCGCCGUUUUUGACGGAUCUGAAAGUGGGAAGAUGUUGUCUACCAACAGAAUCCUGACCAAGUAUCUGCCUGUUGGUUCAAAGUUGAAGCCGCAAAGUGAUAUCACAGCGCUAAGUUGGUGUAUCGGUUCGGCGCCAGGGUCAUGCGAUCAAAUGCCAAACACACAAAUAGAUAUAAAUGCCACAAAAAUGUCUGCAUUUCUCCAAGAACCUGCUGAAAACGGAAAACGAUUCUACGUCACGCUGACCGCUGUGAAUGGCGCUGGUUUAAAUACUACAAUGAUGUCGGAUGGUGUUACAAUUGAUUACACACCACCAGUUGCAGGAAAAGUUGUUGUUGGUGAAGACAGCGAGGUGGAUUACAUAACAAAUGGUGAUACAAUAUAUGCUCACUUUUUAGGAUUUGCGGACACAGUAAGCGGUAUAAAAUCAUACCAGUUCGCGUUAUGCGAGAAGAGUAAUAUAUCAUCCUGUCCAAUGGAGUUUACUAACAUUGGUCUACAAACUAAUAUCACGUUAUCAGGUCUCGAACUGGAAAAUGGCAAGGGAUAUGUUAUAAUUGUCCGCGCUUCAGAUUUUGUUGGCUUGACUGUAGACGAAACAUCAAAUGAAUUCAUCGUAGAUGAGACUUCUCCAGUUUUGGGGUGGAUUUCGGUUGUCAGUCCAUCACCAACUAACUUUGACAUGACAAAAAUAACAUCAAAAUGGGGAAGCUUUUAUGAUCCAGAGUCAGAAGUGGUCCACUAUGAAAUCUGUCUUGGUAAAGCACAAGGAGAAUGCGACGAAAUUAACUACCUGUCAGUCGCGUUGAACACAACGUACACAUUUAAUGGCCUAGAAUUGCGUCAUGAAGAAGAAUAUUACGUCACGAUCAAGGCUAUUAAUGUCGUUGGGUUUUCAACACAAUCAACAUCCAACGGUAUUAAGAUUGACUUGACUCCACCCGAGCCAGUCAAGCAUAUGAGUGGUAGUUCCUCUGAUUCUGGUGGAGUUUGUAAUUCACUGUUCGAUAACUGCGAUGAAAAAAUACCAGAUGAUGUAUUAAAAGCCACAUGGCAAGAACACGAAGAUAAGGAGUCUGGAAUAGCCUUAACUGAAUGGUGCAUUGAAACCGUCAAUAAUACUUGUAAUGUUCAGAGCUGGGACACUGUCGCGCCGAACACGUUAACAGUUUCUGCUAUAAUCCACUCUCCGCUCACCAUCACCCAGGUUCGAGCUGUCGUGCGCAUAACCAAUGGAGUGGGUAACUACGUGCUACUCAAAUCCCCCCAAUGUAACCCUGAACAAACUUUCCCACCUCUAAUCAAUGUUUCAGUUAUCCACGAACUAAAUGACACAACGCCUGUCUCAGUUUAUCAAACCAACAGAGACGUGAUUAUUGUCACCUGGUCACUACCAGAAAACAAGUCUUGGUAUUCGCGUGUUCAGGCUGCUCUGGCAAUAUAUGAUCAAAAUUCCAUCAAAACAACGCUGGAUACAUGGCACGGAGAAACCCUAGUAUUUGAUUUCGUGGAUAUCUUCGGUGAAAAAUCAUACAUCAUAUUUAGUGGCAGUAGAUUGCAACCAUAUAUCAAGUAUCGCCCAAUAGUAAGACUCUGCAAUACAUUCGACCUUUGUUCCGAUUCCACCGGUGAUCCAGUGAUUAUAAUUCCCGACGCACCUCCCGAUUUACAGAUUAACGCGACUGACACAAUAGAAGGCACAGAGCAAAAUCGUUGGCAAAAAUAUGUUGGAAUCCCGCCAAUGACGCGCGAAAUCUUCGAAGAAACCUUAUUUUUGUCCGAUCCACUGAGUGUACUGAUUAAUGCUAACCUCAGACACACGAAUGAAACCACACUUUUUAGCAAACAUGUGCCCAUAACAUACAACGCAAGCAUUCAUAGAGUCACCUCUGGUGCAAACGAAACUAGAAAUGUAACUAUUGAUAGUCGAGAGAUAUUUAAUAACUCUCAUCUUUAUAACGAUGUGAACGUUUGCUGUUCAAAAAGGAACAAGGAAUCGAGAUUUGUUAAUUCAGACCGCCAGUUUAAACCGAUAGCGGAAACGAAUCUAUUCGGCAUCACAGUUAGUGCUGUGGGCAAGCGUUCUGUAGUGGCAUCCUCCAAAGAUACAGUGUAUAUGUUUUCGACGGAGUCAUUAUAUGUCACACCCAUCCGAAAUGUAGUGGUUAACACGAGCAGCAACCAUAGUUACGUAAAAGUGAAAGCAAAAAAUAAUACAGUUCUGGUUUCUGUUUCUGGGUCGUUACUGUUAUACAAGCAAAGCGAUACCAACUUAACAUCAUCAAGCCAAUUUCUCUACAUAACAAACUGCAAUCAUACAAGAACUGAUGAGCCUGAGCAUUGUUCGGAUGAUAACCAGUGGUCUUCAGUAGGAAGCGUGGGGCAGGUAUUCGAUUACGACGGUAAGGAUAUAAUUGCUGUCAGCGGUAUAGAUCAUGAAGGUUUCAGCGUCAUUGCCAUUUUCAAAAAUGACAAUAACACGUGGAGAUUAAACCAGGUACUCGGACAUGAAGGAAACAAUGUUCCAUACAGCAUAGCAAUCAACGAGCAGUUCAUGGUUAUAGCAGGCAGUAAAGUUCGCGUGUACACAAAGGGAUUAGACUCUUUCUGGCAAUUAGAAAACACACUUCCGAUCUCUCCGCAAAAUGUUGUAAGCGCAAAAACUGUCUACCUAACGAAAAGAAACGAACUAUUUAUACUGACGAAACGAGCAACGACAUUUAAGGUUUUUGAGCUUGGAGCUCCAUCAGCAAAAGCCACAAAGAAGUGCAAAUAUGUAUUCCCAAAAAAUAUUAAGCUGAGCGGCGCUUUGGAUGUUUUAGAAGACAGUAUUCUUAUUGCCGCAAUUGGAAUAAAAUCAAAUGGCCGUGAUGGUGCAGAACUGAUAUCUUAUGACAGCGAGGAUGGUUGCGUAAGAAUAGGUGGGGUACUUUCUAAGUCAGGGUCACCUUUUGAUAACAGUGAUGCAAUUGCAUCCGUAGCCAUUACAGAGAAAUACCUUAUCAUUGGAACGCCUGGAAAACUUACAUGGCCAACUAAAUACGUGAAUGUGGGGACAGGAGGACUGUACGUUACGACGUUUUGUAAGCGGAAUCACAUACGCAAGAAGGUAUUGGGAGACAAUCAAAAAGAACACGUCAUAUGUGUACCAUGCAGAUUGAACGAAAAGGCGUACCCUGGAUUUGAAGACCAGUGUACUGAUUGUACCAACAGCAUAUGUUUACACAAUUCCACUGAUGCGAGAUUCAAGGUUUCGCAUUGUGACACUUAUCCCUGUACCGUGUCGAAAAACCGAACCAUUGGACAAAAUAUUUCAAGGGAUAAUCUGACUGUUACUGAAUGGACACAAAACUAUGAAGGUGAAGAGUUUUACCUGCCAGGAUCCUCACAGAGUUAUUUCAUCAGACUCACACAACGUUUAGCAACAGGAACCACAACCACCUCUGACAGCUUUCCAUUUUCUAUUGAUUACACUUCACCCGAGGCUGGCUCGGUCUUCGAUGGGUUAGGUAGCGAUGAGUCUCGGAACUGUUCCACAAAUACCACUUUCAGUUCUGAACAUCAAUGCACAAGCAGGAGUUUCUCAGAAACAGACUUGGACUACACGUAUAACACCACUGAAAUCAGCGCUCGGUGGCUUGAUUUUCGUGACGACGAAAGCAACAUCGCCCAUUACUUCUGGUGCAUAGGUUCCACUCCUCUCAAUGAUGACAUAAUGUCGUGUGAAAAUGCAACAAACUCCCUUAAUCGGAGUCUGACAGGGUUGUCUUUACAACAUAACGAUAAGUAUUACGUAACUGUAUUAGUGUGCAACUAUGCUGGAUUAUGCACAGCCAAAUCAAGCGAUGGGGUCUUGGUUGAUACGACUCCUCCAAUAAUACAUUACGUCAGAGAUGGCCUGGUUGGACCAGAUAUCGACUUCCAAGUAUUUACGAAUGUUAUCUUUGGUAACUGGGAGGCAGAAGACCCAGAAAGCGGCGUGGUGUCAUAUGAGAUAGGUUGGGGAUCCGAACCAGGCCAAGAUGAUGUCUGGGAAUUCCAAGAAAUUGGAAACGCUUCGAGAUGGUACGCGAAAUUCGGCAGCGGUGAUCUGGAGAUUGGCGGCAAAUUUUAUGUGACAGUUAGAGCAAUUAACGCAGCUGGUCUUGAGUCAGAACCAAUGACAUCCAACGGGAUAACAGUCGGAAAAACAGAAUUUGUAUUUUCGAAAAAUGAUUCUGGUUCAUUCUUUUUCGAUACGGUAAAUAUAGAUGCAAACGAGACUAAGGAAGAGGAAGAGGUCGGACAUACAUUUGGGACCGUGGAUGUUCCAGCAGGAGCGGUUGAGGACAACGUUAAGUUUCAGAUGUACAGUCUGGGAGAAAAAGAAUUGAAGAAUGGCACUGAUGAUAGUACAAACGUUGUCGACCCUGAAGUUGUUAAGCCACCCAAGCAUUUCAAACUUGGUGACUACAGUUUCCAGAUUAAAGCUUACGAACCAGAAAACAACACGUUGCAGUCUAAUUAUCGUUUCAAGAAACCAAUAACAAUUACUUUGGUAUACGACGUCGAACAAAUGUUGAAAAUUAACAAAAAGGUGGUUAGUGACGACGUGACAAAAGAUGACAUUGAUCCUGUGCUUUUACUUUGGGAUACCAAGAAUCAAACAUGGUUUGAUGCAGCAAAAACAUGCCCAGAACCAUGGACACACGUUGAUAAGCAAGCAAAACUUAUUAAAGUUAAAGUUUGUCAUUUGACCCAGUUCGCGCUGUUUUGGACCUUUGAAGCUGAAAACGGACUAUUUGAAUUCCACAAGGAAACUAAUGGCACCACAUCCAAGCCCCCUCCUCAUGGUCUUGUCGGAGAAGAUAAUAAUGUGAUCUAUAACCCAGAGAGAUACGGCGACAAAAUGUUCUUUGAUGUGGUUAGAUACAAAGGUUCUACUGGUGAAAUAAAUCUCACGUGGGCUGUCACCAUCCAACCAGGCACCCCUCCUUCAUUUGCUGUCACUCCGAAGUCAGGCAAACUACGAUUUCACGAGGGCCAAUGGAAUUCCUCCAUUCAACUGCGCUUUCCUUUCAUACCUGAUACAGAGAAAAAAAUAGCGAUUUUUGUUAAAUUGAUCGAUGUAUCUGGUGGUGCAAUGCUUGGAAAUUUCACUACUGUGAAGAUAAUAUUUCCACAGAAUGUCAGCGACGAUGAAGUGACCACUCCCAUCAAAAACAAUAACAAUGAGUCUAAUAUUAUUUUGGAAGUCCUUUUGCCAAGCCUGGGUGGUGCUUUGCUAAUAAUCCUUGGUAUAAUGGUUGCAAUUAUUUUCUCGCGCCGAGCGCGGAUUAGGAAAGAGCGGGUGAUAAGGUCUUCUACACAUAGGGAUAACCCAACCUAUGGCUUCUCGCAAACUGAUCAAACACACAGUGGUUUGCAACAGUCAGAGACUUCAUUCACCGACAAAGAUCCACCAUAUUAAUCGCAGGAAUUAGAGGGAAUUAGCAGUAUGUCAUGUCAAGUUGUAGUAACACAAACUAAGGAACUAACAAAAAAACAAUUAAUCAACGUAAUAUUUUAAGUGGGUAAAAUUUUCAGUUGUUUUCCGGUGACUUGUUUUACCAAAUCGUUUUGUUAAAAAUGAGUAGCCUUGGUACGUACCAUACAGCCGGGAUCGUGCUGUGGUACGUCGUCUAUAGUUGUUUGACGUACUAAAUUUAUCUAUAUAUAUAAUUGUUUAACGUACGAAUAACCAUGAUAAUAACCAUGAUAAUAACCAAUAUGCAUAUGUGCAUCAUUAACCAUAAUUAUUAUAAACACUGUUACUUGUGUAUAUAUAACAAUAAUAAAGAAUCACUUU